CAUGUCACAGGACCUCAAGGAUCUCAUGCCUACUGAAAGGAAGUCCACAUGGAGGACGGCCAAGGAGAGGCGGAUAUCUGACCUCACCUGGGUGCUGGAGUGGCUGGAGCGGAGGCAGGGCAAGAAGAAGCAUACUUUCCAGGGAGUGGAUGGCGUCCUCACAGAGCGGCCCCUCCCUGCUUUUCAGGAAACUUCUCCUGUACAGGGAGUGGAUGGCGUCCUCACAGAGCGGCCCCUCCCUGCUUUUCAGGAAACUUCUCCUGUACAGGGAGUGGAUGGCGUCCUCACAGAGUGGCCCCUCCCUGCUUUUCAGGAAACUUCUCCUGUACAGGGAGUGGAUGGCGUCCUCACAGAGCGGCCCCUCCCUGCUUUUCAGGAAACUUCUCCUGUACAGGGAGUGGAUGGCGUCCUCACAGAGUGGCCCUCCCCUGCUUUUCAGAAACAAAAGGCCAAGGAUGAGGAAAACGCCAAAGCAAAUGAGAAGGCAGAAAAGAGAGGUGCUGGGAAGAAGCAGGAGAGAGACGGCCGCAAGGUGGCCUUCAGCAAGCAACUAGACCUAAAUGCCACCAGGAAGCAGGACCCUGCCGGUAACCAAAGCAAGCUGUUUGGUGCAGACUCAAAGGGCAAGCAUAGCAGUAUGCUCACUUCCAGCUACAACAAGGGCCUCCUGAAGAAGUCUGACUUAGACAUCAAGGACGUCAUAGCCUUGGAAUCCAACAUGCGGCCAAGCGCAUUCCGCCGACAAAGCUCUGUAGAGCCUGUGUUUCAGGACGCUAUGUUUGGCGGCCGUAGGGGGGAACUUCUGAGAGACUGGACCAGUAAGGUGGCCGAUACCACCUACGAACGCAAGCUGAAGAGCCUCAUGGAGAAGGGCACUGAGCCCAAAAUAGAGAACGCCAAAAUGCUGAAACCGGAGGAGGUGCUGAGCUGCCGGUAUUUGCGUUUGUCUAAGAACAACAUCCGGACCCUGAUCAAGCUGUGCAAGGAUGCAGGGCUGAACGUGGAUAUCCACCCUCACAUGGUGGAGGCCGAGAUAGACUCUAAGAAGGUGUUUAACCACCACACCAGUGUGUCACUCUAGACCUGCUGCCCCUUGAGGCUCAUCUGGCAUGAGCCAAGUGCCUGCAGUUUCUCUAGACUGUAGCAGAACAAGCCAAACCACAUCACUAUUGUGCUGACAUCAACUUUGUCUUCACCUCCAUCUCACACCAGGAAGAGAGGCCCAUAGAGCUUUCCAGGCACGGUGGCGUCUGCCUGAUUCCAGCACUUGGGAGUGGUG